UGUCUUUCAGUCUCCAUUUUGGAUUCUUAACAUUCCCUCUGAAGAUAUAGCAAGAAACGUAAUGAGACGGACUGUGUGUGCCAAGUCUUUAUUUGAACUAUGGGGUCAUGGAAAAUCUCCCGAGGAGCUGUAUUCUUCUCUUAAAAGUUACCCCGUGGAGAAGAUGGUUCCAUUUCUGCAUUCGGACUCGACGUAUAAAAUAAAGAUUCACACAUUUAAUAAAACAUUAACUCAAGAAGAAAAAGUGGAGCGGAUAGACGCACUUGAAUUCCUGCCAUUUGAAGGAAAAGUAAACUUAAAGAAACCACAGCAUGUAUUCUCCAUUUUGGAGGACUAUGGUUUGGACCCAAACCGUAUCCCCGAGAAUCCACACAAUAUUUAUUUUGGCAGAUGGAUUGCAGAUGGACAAAGAGAGUUAAUUGAGUCCUACAGUGUCAAAAAGAGACAUUUUAUUGGAAAUACAAGUAUGGAUGCUGGUUUAUCGUUCAUCAUGGCCAACCAUGCAAAAGUGAAAGAAAAUGAUCUUGUCUUUGACCCCUUUGUUGGAACAGGUGGCCUCCUGAUAGCAUCUGCUCACUUCGGUGCAUAUGUGUGUGGGACAGACAUAGACUACAACACGGUUCAUGGCUUGGGAAAGGCUAGUAGGAAAAACCAGAAAUGGCGUGGACCAGAUGAAAACAUCAGGGCAAAUCUUCGUCAGUAUGGCCUAGAGAAGUUUUACCUUGAUGUCUUGGUUUCAGACGCAUCUAAGCCUUCCUGGAGGAAGGGAACAUAUUUUGAUGCAAUCAUCACAGAUCCUCCAUAUGGUAUCAGGGAAUCUACAAGAAGGACGGGUUCACAGAAGGAAAUACUGAAGGGAAUAGAAAAAUGUCCAGAAAGUCACGUUCCUGUCUCCUUGACUUAUCACCUGAGUGACAUGUUUUUGGACCUGAUCAAUUUUGCCGCCGAGACCCUCGUACUGGGCGGAAGACUAGUUUAUUGGCUACCAGUCUACACACCAGAGUACUCCGAGAAGAUGGUGCCUUGGCACCCCUGCCUGAGACUUGUUAGCAACUGCGAACAGAGGCUUUCCAGUCACACAGCAAGGCGCUUGAUCACGAUGGAAAAGGUGAAGGAGUUUGAGCUCCCAGGACAAAGAAGGUCAAUGAAUCAAAGUUAACUUUCUAGAAGUUGGAAGUCAACAGCAGAAUGUUUACCCAAUUGCUGAUGAGAACACCAGUGGGGACAGAGGUUCUGCAGUUUGCCCAAGGACACACAGCUGGCAACUUACAGACAUGAAACAUGAGGCUUUUCAACCACAUCCUCUCCUACAGGCUUCGAUCUCAAAAUAAAUCAACUUUGCUGCUCAGGUCUUUUUCGUUUAUUUUAAGGAAACAACAUUCUGGUUUAAUUUUAAGUAACAGUACCCUGAAGGCACACACAGAAUUUUAGGAGUCGGACAACUGAUCAUCUGAUGGAGCUGUAGCAUUUCCCGUUUGGUUGGAAGAAAAGCCGCUCUCCAUGCUCCUCCUUUGAUUUCCUAUUGGCAUCUUUUCCCCUCUACACUUCUAGACAUUCAAGCCAGAUGCCAACUGUCUGUGUGAAAACACAUUGGAUCUCAAAUGUAUCAAGAUGCCAAAUGUAUGUGUAAUAUUGGACCAUAUGCGAAUGUUCUAGUAAACUCCUGGGGACUUAGGUUUCCACUGUCAGCACUACAUAACAGGAAGACUAUAAAUUCCACCAGCUAACCAGAAGACUCACAUAUGCCUCAUAUUUAUAAAUACCCCAGAGAUACAAUGCAUGCUACAGUUGACUUUUGGGUUAGUGGAUGUAGGUUCACUUCUGUAUGGAAGGCAGUGGUAGCUUGCAAACACUAUAAAUCAAUGAGAGUUCCUUUCCUUAUUGUUGUCAUUACUGAUCAUAGCAACUGGGUAUUGUGGAGAAAUAUAUGAACAAGAAACACUUCUUACAGAAAAGAAGAAAAGAAAAUGUGUUUAUUAAUAGACAAAGAGACAGACAAACAAUCAGGUUAAUGUAGAUAAACUGGGCCAGGUAAGUCUUGAAUCUGAACAGGGUGUGAUUAAAUUCUAGAACUGUAAACAAACAUUGCAAUGGGCUUGAGAUGUGGACUGGAAUUUUGAAUGGUGUCUUUACCUUGCCUUCUCCAGACUCCUGGGAUGCAGGUCAUCAUUAAAUAAAAGCACAAAACAAAACAUCUUCUGUAUCCAUAUUUUGGUUGUUGGACAUCUGGGUUGUUUCCAGUUUCUGGCUAUUAUGAAUAAGAUGAUCUUAGUCAAAAUGCCUAACAGCGGGGAUAGGAAACCUGAAGGGACCAUCUCCAGUAGUCAUACAGGGCCUCCAAUGGAGGUAUGGAGACACCAACCCACCUACAAACGUUUCAAUCCAAAAUUGUUCCUGUCUAAAAGAAGUGCAGGAAC